UAUUACCUCCCUUCUUGCAUAGCUCUCUUGCUUGUUCAAUUUUGUCGUCUGUUCAAAGAUGGCGGCUCCGGCAAGGACAUUUCUCAGUGCUGUAAGACCUCAUAUACCAUCAAUAAAGUUUCGUUAUGGAGCAGGUGUACCAUCAAUAGGGAGUACCGAUGCAUCAUUACAACCCAGAGAUGCAGCGGUAGUUACUCCCCCUUCUACAGCAGCACCAGCCAGUAAACCAGUAGGCAACACACCAAAGGGCUCUGGUAUUGAUUACAAUGACCUUCCCGGUCGCUACCAUAGGAAACCAUUAACAGAAGAGGAAAUGGAAUUUAUACAGAGAGGUGGACCUGCGUAGUGGAGUGUGACAUGCAUUAAUAAUGAUCUGCAAGCUUUGACAAAAUAGACGAGUGACAAAUGAAUGAAUGGAGAACAUUGGAGGAUACAGAUGUGCUGUUUUUUAAAGACAUUUUAUGUAAUGAUUUUUUUUUGUGUGUGUAUACAUGAAAUGUUGAUAUUUUUAGUUUGACUUUAAAGCAGUGGACAGUUUCAUAUUAUACCAUUUGCUGUGGUCUACCUAUAUGUGCAAAAUAUAUACUGUUAUUCGAGUCAUUGAUUACCAUAAAAAUUGGGAGAUAGAAAUUAAAUUUACAAACAAAUAUGUACAACACUGUGGUGCCUUACAUAAUAGAGAUCAGCAAGGUAGAGGUCACCAUUUUCAGGUUUUCUCCCAAGACCAUUUUUGAUCUAGAAUAUGCCUGUACAGAUGAUAUUGGUAAGCAUGUAGACAAUUUUGUAUAGUUAUGUAAAUGAAUUUAUAAAUAAAUUUUCUGUGAUUGUCA